UCAUCCUAUUAAUCAUGUCUUCCCCCAUAAAUUCAGAGAUAUAUUGUUUUUUCUCAAGUUGUCUGUCCGUACGUCCAUCACAAAUCAUGUCCGCUCAAUAAUUCUUGAACAGCUGUUACAGCCAGCUUGGCUCAAGGUCAAGGUAACACAUAGAGGGCAAAGAUCAUAUGACUACAAUUCAUGUCCGGUCUUUAGCUGUUAAACCCUUGAUAUGAAGUAUUUUGAAACAACUCGCCACAAAUGUUCACCAUAUUGAGACGAUGUGCAGAGCAUAUGUAACAACCAGCUUGGUUCAAGGUCAAGGUCGCACUUUGAGAUUGAAGGUCAUAUGACUAUAAUAUGACUUUUAUUAUGACCCUGAUUGACAUAAGGAACUAAGUUUAAAGUUUUAGGGCAGUCUAAAGUUUUAGGGCAAGAUGGGAUUUUUAUUAAUAACUUCUAUAUCCUUAAUUCAAUUGUUUUUAUUCUUCGCCCAAUAAAUGACCACCCUCUUACAUAAUUCCAUUUUAACCUUAAAUGCAAAUUAUUGCCCUUGAUUGACAUUGUUUUAUUUCUUUUGACAGGCUAAUUUUUAUAUUUUCAACCAGGAAUUCACAAAGGGAAAACUGGGUAUUAGAAUGACUUGGAUCGUUGCUGGCUGGUGGGUGGGAAGGAGCAAUCUCAAAUAGUUUUAGUUAGGUUUGACAUAAAGUGACCAAACUUGAUAUAUAGGAAGAGUUAAUAGAGACCUUUCAUAGGACUGGGUUUUGGGCCCCUAGGAUUUAGGUCAAUGUCUCUGUUACUAUAAGUAGAAAAAUGGUAGGUAUUGAAUGACUUAAGUUAGGGUUAACAUAUUGCAGCCAAACUUGGUAUAUAUGAAGGGUUUAUAGAGACCUUUCAUGGGAUUGUGUUUGGGGCCUCAAGAAUCAGGGUCAAGGUCACUGUCGUUAAAAAUAAAAAAUGGUUAGUACUGAAAUGAAAAACUCACUGGUAAGUAAGGGUUGACAUAUUGUUACCAAACUUGGUAUAUGGGCAGAGUUUAUGUAGACCUUUCAUGGGAUUGUUUUGGGGCCCCUAGAGUCAAGAUCACUGUUUCUAAAAACAGAUAACCAUUUGGUGCAGAAUUACUUUAGUAAGGGUUGACAUUUUGUGAACAAACUUGAUAUGUUGGAGAGUUUAUGGAGGACUUUCAUGGGAUUGUGUUUGGGGUCCCUGAAGUUGAUACUGAAUCUCAUUACAAAGGCUGAAGUUCUUUCAAUCAUUGAAAACCUGGUUUUGUCACAUCAGGUUUCUUGUUUACUUUUUAUUUGACGUUUUUUAUUGAUUUAGACUGGCACAAAUAACUUCAUUAUUGUAUUCAUUUCUAAGACAAGGUGAUGUAGUCGAGGACACAGGACUGGUGAUCCUUUUCCUUUUUAGAAAUUUAUUACAACAAAAAAUAUGUAGAUACAUGUAUGGUAGAGAGAAACAUUGAACAUUUCUUUUUCCACAAACUACUCGUGGUUGGCAAGUUUUGUCUGUUAGAAGCAUGGACCAUUUACUAUGAUAUAUUAACAAAAAUAUACUAAAAGCAUAAAAAGAAUGGGCUCAAACUUAGACAUGGUAGUUGUGAUCCAAUUCUAUUUAUAAAUGAUUUAUUAUUUUAAUACAUUGAUUUUGAUUCAAUGUUUAAUUCUUGUAAAAUGUAAGGAAGGAGUGACGGAGGAUAGAUUUAACUUGUGAAUCAACUGUGUAAUUAUGCAACAGUGAUAUUAUUAUUCCGAGUACAACAGUUUUCAAAUAUAAAGUCAUAAGCUUUACAUUUCAAUUGUUUCACAUCUGCAGAAGGAUGAUGUAAGUCAUUUAGACUUUACUUUAAUCAUUCUUACAUUACUCCUUGCCUUUCAGUACAUUUCCGUUUCUCUUUCCCCAAUUCUUCAUAAGUGUUUGAGCACAACAAACUUAACUAGCUUAUUUUAUUAAGCCAAAUUCCUUUGUUCAUAUCGAUAUUUCGAUUGUUUUUUAGUUUAUUGUGAUUUUCAUAUAGAUAAUUUUCUUGUCAAGUUCAAAAACUUUUAAGGAUGUAUACAUUAGACUAAUUAUAUGAAGAUCAAAGUAGUUAGCUUAGCCAGGGUGUCCAACGUAAGUUAUUUUUGUGAAAUUUUAAGUCAGAGACAAGAAAUACUUGGAAAAACUAUCUUUUAUAUUUAGUGAUUUUACCGGUUUUCUCACAAUUUUUUUUUUUUUUUUUUUUGCCUGCGUCCUAUCUAUGCUAGCAUCCUAUAAAUAGUUAAAUACUGUAGGUACUUACUUACCAGGUCAAAAUAUCCAACACCAAAAAACUCAAAAGAGUGUGCUGUUUUGUUACGCAUCGAACAUGUAUCUCACUUAAAAUUCCGCAAUUUUUUUUUUACGUUGGACCCCUUGAUAGCUUAAUAUUUUAAUAGGGACUUAAGAUGUUUUGGGAAAUUUGGGACUGUGGUGGUAUUCAAUAUUGGUUUUAAUUGAAUCUUAAGAAUGAUGUAUAGCUAAUUGGCUGGUGUGAUGUAAACGAAGAACCUAUACAGUGAUUGAAGUCAAUGGUGUAUGACCGUAAGAUUGACUUGUCAUCAGCAAAUAACAGGCGUAUUUUUACUUCAAAGUCUGUAUAGAAAAAGAUGUGUUUUCAAGACAAUUAAAUUGACUUACCUUUCUUUAGACUCCAUUGAAAAACAACUUUCUAUCAGCAAUGAUGACUUUCAGACAAGAAGAGAAUGGUAUAAAAACCGGGUAUUAUAAAUAUUGUUUAUAUCUUCAAUUUCCCACAUAGUCAUAUUUGUUUGCCAUUGAUCAUUGUUACAAAUAUAUUAAUCACUUCUCAUAAAAGUUGGAAAUCCUGUUUCCUUUUGGCAUUCAUCAAAAAAUCUUUUUUAUUAUUGCAUGUUUUUUUAUUAUUGCAUGUUUCCUAUUCCCUAUUUUUAUAUACAUUUUUGUGUAUUUUAAAGUUCUAGGGAAUUUUAAUCCCCAGCCAUGACACCGGCAGGUUAAAAAUACCGGGGGGUUAUGGCAUGUAUGCCAUAUGCACUUAUCAAGGUCAAUGAUGUAUGAAUGGUAGAUUUACAAGUCAUCAGCAAAUAAGGGGGACAUGUUUUUUAUGGAAAACAUGAAGAUAUUUGACUGCAUUUGAACUGAGAUAUUAGUUGACACUUUUAUUGUCAUGAUUAUAUGUUACUUCAAAAAGUAAUUUGAACUAUUAAUUUAUUGAUUGUGUUAAACUAUUUGUUAUCUGAUUUAUUUUUGCAGAACAGUUCAAUAAUUGAACUACUUUAAAUGUUCAACUGUUCUACUAAACAAUUCAACAAAAAAUACAAUUUGUCAGAUUUUCUUUUUGAUUUUUUUUUAACUGAAACGCAUGAUAUUUUGUUUUGAGUUGAAGUUGGUUUAAACAUAUCAUUCCCAAGGUGGUAUUAUUAUGUUUGUUUAGUUUAUUGAUUGGAGUAUUUUACUUCCUGGUCUUUUGAAUGGUUGCUAGCAACUCAUUGUGCUUUUUAAACUUGAAACAGUAAUGGCAGUUAAUAAAAAUGUGAUGAGGUGACAUUUUAUCGGAUUCUUCCUUCACUUAUCAUAAUUGUGUAAUUAUGCUAGUGUUGAUAACUGUAAUCUAGACUGAAGUGUUAUUUGACAAGUUUAAAUGGUUGACAAAUCUUAAACAAAAUGGCGUUUGGAGGUUCAUCAAUUUACAAGGGAUCUGACCUGAUUCAUGACUACAGUUGUUCCAAGUGUGAGGAAAAUGACUUUAACACUGAAGCCCAGCACUUCUGUCCAGAGUGUGAACACUAUCUGUGUGACAAGUGUGUGAGGAUACAUGGGGAGUACUUCAAGAAGCAUGUUGUGUAUGGCCGUGGAGACAUUCAGAAGUGGGCGGGGUUCUCAAUGGACAGAUGUGACCAACAUGGGAACAAGCUGGAGGUCCACUGUGAUGACCAUCAGGAACUGUGUUGCCAUGUCUGUGUGUCACUCAAUCACAGGCUUUGUAGCAGUAUAAGUCACUUGCCUGAACUGGCAAGAGGGUUCCUGAAAUCAGCAGAGUUCAAGCAGCUGCCAGCAGCAGUGGACAAGAUCAAGAGCAGGCUCGAUGAGCUCAAGAAUGCCAAGAUGAAAGACAAAGCCUCUCUUAAUGACUCUUACAGGAACAUUCUAGCUGAAAUCAAGGCUCUCCGAAAAGAGUUAAAUCAGAUCUUAGACAAGCUUGAGCAGAAAACAGCUGAGCAGUUAGAUAGCAUGAUGAAGGAAUUAGAGAAGAGUUUAAAAGAUGACAUUGAAACUUGUAGUCAUAUGAAUGAGUUACUGAAAAUCAUGAUGGACAAGUUCAGGCAGAUAGCUGAAAAAAACAAGGAGACCAAUUGUUACGUCGGGCACAGGAAAUUUCAGACAAAACUGACUGAAGCUCAGAAUCUUAUGCAUGAAAUACAAGGAAAACCGGGGGAAGCCUUACGUUUUACGUCUAACAUCAGCAUAAUGCCAUUUCUCAGGAACCUGCACAUGUUUGGAGCUACUGAAAUAGUGAUUUCCCUAGCAAAGAGGUUAGACAGUGAUUAUGUGUUCUUAGGUCAAGGGUCAAAGACGUACAGUGUUAGAAUAAAAAAAGAUAGGAAUACCUGCAAGAUAAUGGGUAUAUGUGAGUUGCCUAGUAGAGACCUUGUUAUUGCUGACUCAAAUAACAAGAGAGUGAAGCUUCUCGACAGGAAGUGUAAGGUCACUGCUCACCUUGAUCUUCCUGCUCAUCCAAAACAUUUAUGCCACACAACCGGCAGUGAAAUUGCUGUAAUAAGUGAUGAUGAUAAAAUACAUGAGAUCUACAUCCUAAUAGUGACCAGAGGACAGUUACAAGUAUCGAGAAAGAUUAGCACAGAUCACAGCUGUAUCUCCAUUGCCUACCACCAGGAUCAGCUGUAUAUCUGCUCCGACUCUACCCUCUACCGGUACACAAUGGAUGGACAGCUAGUAAAGGUUAUAAAAAAAAAUAUGUUAAUAUGGAAGUGUGCAGUCAGUCCUGAUGGGGAGAGAAUCUAUAUAACAGCAUUUUCUGGCGAUAAAUUAAUUACCCUUGAUAAAAAUGGUCAAGUGUUAUCAAAACUAAGAGAUUCUGAACUAAAAUAUCCCAGUGGAGUUUGUGUCAGCCCUAGUAGCCAUGUCUUUUCGUGUGGGUUUGAGUCUAAGUCUGUGGUACAGGUGGACAGAGAGGGAAAACAGACGCUGACCACAGUGGCCAUGGGAUCUAAUGGCCUGACCUGCCCUAUGUCAGUGUGGUUCAGUGAACACACCUCAAGUCUCAUUGUUGGAAAUGGUGAUGAUAGCAUUGUUGCUAUUAAGAUGUGUUGAAAUGUGAAUCAGAUUCUCCAAUUAAUAUACAUAUUAGUGUUGAUUCAAAGACAAUAGUUAUGUGAUUAUUAUACAGUAAAACUGCGAUCGCUCGAGGUCGACGGGGACCGACCCUAAAUCUCGAGGGAACCGAUGUUUCGAACGAACGGAUUUUCAAUUCUCCAGUCUGUUAUGAAAUAUCUUUCAGUGUAUCUUAAGUUUUAAGUCGUCUGUUUACUAAGACACCGAAUAUGUAGUGCGUUGUGGAAAUCGCUGAUGUGUUCAAAACUUGUCGUUUACUUUAUCUAUACUUAAUAUAAAAUGUAAAAGAAAUAUCAACAAAUGAAUAAAUGUAAAUAUAUUUUUUUACAAAAUUUCCAUAUUGGAAAGCAAAGUGACACGAAUUCGGGAAAAAGUGUGAAAUUAUGACCUCGAGGGAGCCAUAAGGUUUUGUGCAUGAUUUGUGUACUUGGAACCGAGCAAAUUGCUUGACUUCUCGACAUAAUUAGGUUUCGAUGCAGCGUAGGUAUAUUUUUAUAUGAAAAUUAAAGGAAAAACGUUCUGGACCAAGCUCCGACCUCCGACCUCGAGGGAACGCCGGCUCUCGAACGACUGCUUGUUCGAACGACCGCAGUUUUACUGUAUUUAUGCUGAAUAUUGAUUUGGUUUGCAAUAUGAAGAAGUGUCGCUCUUAACUGAUAGGAUUUUCAUCAUAAACUACUUACAACGUUGAAAUGUUAUUUAUUAGUAAUAUGUAUUGAUCAUAACUAUGCAUUACUUACAUGUGCAUGUAAUAUAAACCAUAGUGAAAUUGGUAUUUUGAUACUUGCUCUGUUUGAAUUGUUAUAUUAUAUAAAUGUACAUCACAAUUGGCUUAUUCUACAUGAUUGGCUACAGGUAUGAAAACAUCAUAAUGUUAGUGAAAUACAAUAAGUGUAUGAUGCUGUGUGCCGCAAAACAUACAACAUUGUGUAAAAUGUUUUACAGACGAUCAACUGCAUUUUUUUCAAUAUGAUGUGUGAAUAUAUCAUACACAAUAGAAAAUAGCAUUUUUUUUGUGAUUUGUAGUUUUAUCAAAAUAAACAGAUAACACAA